AUGGGUCGUAAUGAGGAAGGAGGGCCGAUACCUAUGCUGGGCAUGGGUCUUAAUGAGGAAAGAGAGCCGAUAUCAAUGUUGGAUAUGGGGGAGUCUGCUCCUGCGCCGACCUCGGAGAAUAUACCAUGGGGUAGAUUGCAACCUGCAAGGCUAAAAUUUCUGAAGCAUGGGACAUUGGCUGAGAAACGGCUUAGUGCCUGGCAGCACUGGGCUGCUGUAACACUGACCUCCAUGGCGAUAAUGGUCAUAGCGGCUCACUUCGUGGUCUGCUUCCGGGGUAUGUGUUCGAAAGGCGCUGGGAGUAGCGACCUCAGUGCUCAGCCGCAGCAACAGCAGCAACUCGAUAGUGCUGGUCAUGCCACUAUGGCUUAUGGGGUGCCUAUUAAUGGCAGCUAUCCCUUGCGUACAUUGAUAUCACCAGGAGAGGGGCCGACUGCAUCUGUGAAGGGGCAAGGCUCGUCAGCAAGAGGUAGUAAGUGUGGUCCUAAUGGUGGCUGUAAGAGCGGCCCUAGACAACAGCUGCAGUUCGAUAGGUUUGUAGUGCGAGGAGCAAAUACGGGCCCAUCAGCAGCCUCGGCCUUUGGAUCGAAGGUCUUGUCAGUAGGUGGCCCUCAUGGGUACCAUAAGGUUAAUACGUGGGGUUAUGGUGGGAGGUAUACCCCCGGUCUAAGAGGAGGAUACUAUUAUAGGCAUAGUUAUGGUAUGAAGGAUAUGUUCAACAUUGCCUCUGGUGAUGAUAACGAGGAUGAUGAUUAUGGAAGCAUAGAGGGUCGGGGUACGACAGCAGGAGAGGUCUAUUACGGCUUGGAUGGUCGAGCACGCGUGGUUCAAUAUCCACAGACGUUGGUGGUACCUGAGGACGAUGAGACCCCUGAGGAAUUCGCAGCUCGGCAGAAGGGUCGGAGGACAUACGAGCAUUGUGGUGGGGUCACCCCAGCUUGGCUGGGACGUUGA